AGCUCGUCUUCUUCAUACCAUACCGCAUCAACAACCUUACUCCCACCCAAUACGAGUAACAAUCACAUACACAAUGGCAGACGCAGAUCAAGAUUUCGUGCCACAGUCUCGCUCGGUAAUUUACUGCGGGGUCUGCUCGUUACCACCAGAGUACUGCGAAUUUGGCGGCACAGUGAAGAAAUGCCAGGAGUGGCUACAAAAGAAUAAUGAAAAUCUGUACGAGCGACUAUGGUCUGAAGACGCCCUAGCAGCAGCGACAUCCUCGCUCUCAGUCGACGCACAAAAGCGAGCAGAGAAAGACGCACAUAAGAAAGCAUUGAAGGCCGAAGCAGCAGAGGCGAAACAAGCCGCUACGAUCAAGAGCUCGAAAGUUAUCAUCAAGCGUGUGGAGAGGAAUAAGCGUAAAUUCGUCACCACCGUAACCGGACUCGAAGCUUUCAGUCUCGAAAACAAGAAAGUUGCCAAAGAUCUCGGCAAAAAAUUUGCUACAGGAUCAUCUGUGACGAAAGUACCAAGUGGAGGAGAGGAGAUCGUGGUACAAGGAGAUGUCAGCGAGGAGAUUGAGGAGUUCCUGCUAGAGAAGUACCCUGUUAUACCAGAGGACAAUAUCGAAUUGGUGGAAGAUAAGAAGAAGAAAGCUGGAGCAGGGGCGCCGGCUGGAUAGAAAGGGGUUGGUUUUGUAUUUAGAUUCGCUGGGGGAAGAUGGGAGGGGCGGGGAGGCAUAUGAAUUUCGAGGCACCUGACGGUGCGGAUGAGAGACAUGAGAAAUGAACUGAAAUGAUAUUCAUGGAUUGAGAAUUCUCUGGC